GACACAAAUACAAAAUGCUUUCUGCUACUAAGAUCAGUGAAAUGUAGGCUAAACUGACAACGGAGUAAAGAGCAGAAAUCGCAACUAGCAAGCAAUGAAGAAUUGAGUGUGUGCGCGUUCGCGUAAAGGGGGAUUCUGGCAAGGGAAGAUUUUCUGCACAAUACCUGUUACUUGCAAAGAGAGAGGGUGAAGCUCUUCAUUCCGCUUCUGAUCCUUGUUCAAUCUUUUCUCUCAACAGGUAUGGACCCCGAAUUUAGUCGAGCGUCUGACCAAUUACACUAGACUUUAGUUAUGGGUUAACCGACAUUACUCUUAAUAUUAAACGGAUAACUGGCUUUCCCAUACUGCACAGAACACACUGUAGUUAUUAGAACGGGGUAGCGGAGAGGUGUGCUUGAGAGUCCGUCAUGACAGAGGAUGUUUCAAAUGGCGCAAAUAGAACAUCGGAUGCACCUGCAGUGCUGUAAAGGUAUAAGCACAUAGGCCUAACGCAUGGCUGGGCACAUUCUGCAGCUAAGUUUAGCGCUAUUCAGAUCGGAUGUGGGUAAGGAGAUAUUUCUUUCCAAUGCGCGACGCCCUCGCCCGCUCUCUGAUCCUGAGUGCAAUUUACACACUGAGCGCAUAUAGUAGGAGGAAUUUCGCUCCUGGCAGUCGCAGUUUCCACAACAGCGGAGUAGAUGCACACAAUUCGCCUGGGAUGAGUUGGCAGGAAGAUAUUUUAUACUACUUGAACUUACUUUUCGUAGCACUGGCGAGCACAGUAACUGCUGGAGGACGUGCAUGUGACUACCCUGCUGCGUUUAUAACCACCGUGGACGGGGAAGGUGACAGCAGCAUGGUGGCCAAGGAUUACCCCUUUUACCUCGUCGUGAAGAGGAUGAACUGUUCACUGGAGGUGCAGACAGUCAGCAGCAACACCCAACCGGCUAAGGAAGUAGAGGAGCCCUGUAACAAGCGGGUGAAGCCUCUUUCUCGGGUUACAUCGCUGGCCAACCUCAUACCUCCAGUCAAGGCUGCACCUCUGAAGCGGAUCGGACAAACACUGCAGCGUUCCAUCAGCUUCCGCAGUGAGAGUCGAACAGAGUCGGUCAUGCCUCCCAGACCAUGGACGCGGCCGGCCCCGCCUGCCAACACCAAGCGGCGUGACAGCAAGCUGUGGAGCGAGACCUUUGACGUGCGGCUUGGACACCAGAUGCUGUCGUCCAAGGAGAUCAAUCGCCAAGAGGCGAUCUUUGAGCUUUCUCGAGGGGAGAAGGAUCUCAUUGAGGAUCUGAAGCUGGCCAAGAAGGCGUACCAUGACCCAAUGCUGAAACUGUCCAUCAUGACAGAACAUGAGCUCAACCAGAUCUUCGGAACCCUGGAAUCUCUCAUUCCGCUGCAUGAAGAUCUGCUGAGUCGACUGCGAGAGGCCAGGAAACCAGACGGCUCCACAGAACAUGUGGGGCACAUCCUAGUGGACUGGCUUCCCUGUCUAGACUCCUACAACUCAUACUGCAGUAAUCAGGUGGCAGCCAAGGCUCUGCUGGACCAUAAGAAGCAGGACCACCGGGUGCACGACUUCCUGCAGCGCUGCCUGGAGUCGCCCUUCAGCAGGAAGCUGGACCUGUGGAACUUCCUGGAUAUACCCAGGAGCCGGCUGGUCAAAUACCCCCUGCUGCUCAGGGAGAUCCUCAAACACACGCCGAACGACCAUCCAGACCGACAGUACCUGGAUGAGGCAAUCAACAUGAUCCAGAGCAUCGUGGCAGAGAUCAACACCCAGACGGGCGAGUCAGAGUGUCGUUUCUACAAGGAACGUCUCCUCUACCUAGAGGGCAGCCAGAGAGACCUACUCAUUGACAGCUCCCGCAUCCUCAGCUGUCACGGGGAACUGAAGAACAACAGGGGUGCUAAGCUGCAUGUGUUCCUGUUCCAGGACGUGCUGGUCAUCACUAGAGCCAUCGCCCACAAUGAGCAGCUGUACUACCAGCUGUACCGCCAGCCCAUCCCCGUCAGAGAGCUGCAGUGGGAGGACCUGCAGGACGGGGUGAUACGCCUGGGAGGCUCCAUCAGAGGAGCCUUCAGCAACAACGAGAGGACCAAGAACUUCUUCAGAGUGUCGUUUCAUAGCAGUAGCCAGCUCCACUCCCACUCCUUCCAAGCCAGCGAUGCCUUCAACAAACAGCAGUGGCUCAACUGCAUUCGACAGGCCAAAGGAGCUGCUGAGUCGGCCAUGGGGGUUGUGGGGUUGGGGAUUCCUGUCGGGGUGGAAACCAGCAUCAGUGACCCAGAGCCCCCUCCAAGCCUACUCAGCCCCCACGGCCCUCUGAGCCCUACAACACCUCCCCUCUCAGGACCACUGGCCCCCCAGCCAAAAAGCAUGGACCAUUGCGACAGUGACUCGUCUGUCGACUCUCCAGGCUGUAGCAUGGACAUGGACACAAGCGAGGCUUUGGCCUCCCCCACAGGCUGCCCUGAUGGACCAAACAGACUCUAGUAGUAGCAGGCCAUCAGAAGUGUGACCUUCGGGGUGUCAUGACCUCUCUGGGUUAGAGAGGCUAAAGGUUAAACCUUGGCAGUAUUGGUGGCAACAUGGCAAUGCUCCCUAUAUACGGGAGGGAAGAAAUACACUGUGGAAAAUUGGAGCACUUUUUUUUUUAUUCUACCCACUUUUUUCAUUUGUUAGUUUUCUUUGUUGCUGAACU